UCUACUGUUAAAUAUGGAGGCGUAAGCAUAAGGCUGUGGUGCUGCUUUUCUGCCAAUGGACUAGGCAACAUAAAGUGGAAGGAAUCAUGAGGAAAGUGCAGUACAUCAAGAUUCUUGAAGGAAAUAAGCAGGCAGCAGAGAAUCUGAACCUGGGGGAGCAUUGAAUAUUGUCAGGAAAAUGAGCCAAAGUAUACAGCCAAGGUGGAGAAGAAAUGGUUCCAGGACAAUGACAUUGGUGUUAUGAAGCCAUCGAGAACCUAUGGAUGGAGCUCAGAAAAUGGAUGACAGUAUGGAAACCUCCAACCUCAGAGAUCUGGAAACAUUUGCAAAGGAGGAAUGGUCCAGAAUUCCUACCGAUACUCCCAAGAAGCUUGUGAGCAAUAUUGUUGGAGGCUGUGAUAAAAACUAACGGGUUUGCAAAUGAUUAUUGAGACUGGGUAUGAAUAAUUUUGGACACUGUAACUGAAAAAAUGAAGGAAUGUCUUGUAUUUGAGACAGGAGUAUAAACAAUUUUGGUAAUGGAUCACUCGUCACGGACGUACAUAAUGGGAGGAAGAAAUCGUUUAUGUGGAGACAAAACAAAUCGGGCCAGAAAAGAGAUAACAACUGAGUGCGCAAAUCGGACCAAGAGAUAGGACAAUCACUUAUGUUGACGGACUAAAGUGUCAUCCUUCAAAACGCUGUUACAACGUCACUUCAAUAUCAAAAGUAAAAGCAGGACAGAGUCCUACAAUGUAAUAACUCACCCUUUUUAUCCAUCAGCCACAUAAACAAGACGAAAGGAAUGAAGCCGACGGGACCCCACAGGACCAAGACAGCAAUGUCCGACUUGGUAAAUCCAAAAGCAUGAACCGCCGAGUUCUGAAUUGGACCCCAAAAGUUCCACACCAUUCCUUGUAAAAGGCCCAGUAGUGAAAACAGGGUCAAAACCAGCCAUCUUCGCCCGUACACCCUGCUGUUCACUGGCGGACUGUUCGUCUCCGCGUAAGACGGGACUAGCAGAGGCUCUCUCUCGGUCUCGGUGCUAGAAGCAGCACCCAUGAUGACCGUCUGCAGGUGAAUACACGUUAAAAGUCCAGAUUUAAUCACCGGACCGAAGAGUAAAACAGGCGUCUGACACCUUUUCGGAAGACCAUACAAACAAUAACAGCGCACUGCCUUUGGUUUAGUUGCUCAACUUUACUGCGCAUGUUCCAACGGAAAUGAACCAACAAAUGGAAACUGGCAUCCUUCGUUCGCCAUUUUGGGUUGUUUUUUUACGUCAGUUUGAGCGCAAAUUACCAAUACAUAUCAGAGCCGUAAUGGCGCUGUUACGCGGGGGCGGGACAUAUCUGCAUCGACGCCUUGCGCAAGGACGCGCAGUCAUGUGACAUUUGUUUACUUCCGCAUGCCUCUCUAAUACACGUGUUGUGAAAGCAUGAACGCCUUCAGUCCAGAGGAGACUCGGACAAUCCUGCGGGAUCUUCAGCAACCUGCUGUCUUCUUGGACAUGACCCAAAACUGGCCUGUUCGCAAUUGGACUGCAGCUCAUCUGAGCACUUGCCUGGGCGACAGACAAACACAAUUCCGACUGGGAAGAUUAAAGGGCAGCAAUGCGCCUCUCUUUGAAACCCAGUGUGCCUACGAAGACGCUACCUUGAGUCAGUUUCUUAACUGGAGCCAAAAUCAGACUGGAGCUGAUAUUGGCCAUUUCUCCAAAUAUCCACGCUCGGACUACUGGGCCUACGCAGACUACAAGUACAUCGCCAUGAUGUUUGAAGACCAGCCAGAAUUGUAUGAGGAUGUGAAGUGGUCUGAAUUUGGAUUCAGUGGACGGGACGGGAGAGAGAGCACCUUAUGGAUUGGAACAAAGGGAGCAAACACCCCCUGUCACCAGGACUCUUACGGGUGUAACCUGGUGCUGCAGGUGCAAGGACGGAAGCGCUGGCACCUGUUUCCUCCAGAAGACACAUCCAAACUAUAUCCCACCAGGAUCCCCUACGAGGAGUCCAGUGUCUUCAGCCAGGUGGACGUUCUCCACCCAGACCUGAGGAGGUUUCCUGCUUUUCACUCAGCGAGAGUCCACUCCGUCACCCUGGAGCCUGGACAGGUACUGUUCGUCCCCCGACACUGGUGGCACUACGUGGAAUCCAUUGAUCACAUCACUGUCAGCGUCAACACAUGGAUUGAGCUGGAAGAGGACGACGUGGCCAGAGUGAGCGAGGCAGUGACCAGGGCUGUGGUCUGUGCGCUCAAGUCCGCACCGUGUGAGGACAACACUGAUGCCUGGCUCAACCCCACUGAGACGGGAGUGACCCCUCACCAGGAGAACCUGCAGUACCUGAACCUGGCAGUGGAGUCUUGCUCCCAGAGACUGAGGCAAGCACAGGCCCUGGACCGUAAAAGCCAUUCCCGAGUUAAACGAGACUUCAGAGGACAGCUGAGGAAGAGUUGUACCGCUGACAGGGACGCUGCUGCUCUUCCUUUUGGACCUCACUUGGUACCAGUGUGUGGAGCAAAGGAGCACAAAUGCGUGUGCGUCGUUGACAGUGGAGCCGGUGGUGACACUCCUCCCAUGGAUCACAAGUGUGAAGCGAUGACACAGAGUGACUGCUCUGACUCAUCUUCAGAGAACCACGUGGAUCAACAGCGCACCGGUUUGACCACUAAUGACCUGCUCGAGUGUCUGGUCCAUCCUGAUGUCAUCGCCCGGGUCACUCAGCUCUUACUGGACACACACGCUAACAGGAGGUGACUGUGUUGCUCAACAAAGCACUCCAUCAAUGACACCUUCCUUCAGGAGUACAUUCUGGGUUGCAUCCUUUCAUCAUGAGUCUCUUCUACACAUGAUCUCAGGGACUCGCCACUUUCCUUGUCACCCACCCUGCAGCAUGUCAACAUGCAGUAUUUAGUUGCAGUGGUCGGUACCUAGCGAAGUAAACAGAUAGUCAUUAUUAGCAAGACCAUUGGUCAUCUGUGAAUAAGCGACAAAUGUGGUUGAAAUAGGAAUCAUUGUAAAGUCCAUAAAGCCAUUCCUGUAUUACAAUAUUUUUGCUCUUCAUUUAAUAAUGAAAAAAACUGUGUGAAAGAUCAUCAA